CAUUUUUUUCCAUCUCUUCAUCUGAAGCCUCAGUCGAUCAGCAUUUCUCAUUCAGUCCAAAUUGUUCAUCAUCUUCCAUCCUCAUCUUUCUUAUUCUUCUCUCAUUGUUUCCUUUAGUUUACAUUGUCUUCAAGUUUAAUUUGUAAUCAAAUAAAAUGGCUGACCUUAAACCUGCCGAAGUUGAAAAAGCAAAAUUACAUUUUGGAAUCUAUGAUUUUGAAGGUACCGGUAAAGUAGAUGCCGUAAGACUAGGUGAUCUUAUCCGUUCUCUUGACCUGCGACCCACCAAUGCCGCGAUUGAGAAAGCGGGAGGAACCAAGAAGAAGGGAGAAAAAGUUUUAUCUCUCGAGGAAUUCUUACCAAUCUACAGUGAGUUGAAAAAGAAUAAGGAUUGUGGUGCCUACGAAGAUUUGGCCGAAGGUCUUAAAGUCUACGAUAAGAAUGAAAAUGGACUCAUGAUGGAAGCUGAAAUGGCUCAUACUCUUCUCUCCCUUGGUGAAAAAAUGGAAAACGCUGAAGUCGAAGAGUUAAUGAAGGCUUGUGGUGGAACUGUUGACGAAGAUGGUUUCAUUAAAUAUGAAACAUUCGUCAAGAACGUAUUAGCAGGACCUUACCCAGAGGAAGCUGCUGCUGCUCAAUAAUCUAUCAUUAAUUUCCCUUUCUUACUUUCUCUUUCUCUUUCUUUUCUUUCUUUUCUUUCUUUCUUUCCUCAUCCUUCUUUCUUUCUCUGAGUCAGUCUCUUUCUCUCUUUUUCUUUCUCUUUUUCUUUCUUUCUUCUAUCUUCUUUUCUCAAAGAAAAACAAAACACCAAUGUCCAAAUCGUUUUAAUUGAUUGAAAGCAGAAAAACAAACACACAAAAUGUUGAGAACUGAAAACGAAACCAUGAAUUUGAUUGAAUCUACAAUCAAAUCAUAAUUGAAAUUUAAACAAUUUAAAUCAAAAAAAAAACCGAAAA